AUGCUGAGAUUAGAUUCUCAUUUCAUCUUCUCCAUGACCACCUUCUCUCUAAAUUCCACUCUGAGAGCGCACCUCAACAAAGGACGGCCGAGAGAGGCCUUGGCCUACUUCUUAGAAUCCCAGAAGGAAGGUCUUAGGCCGGAUAGAUUCACCAUCCCAGCCCUCAUUAAGCUCUGCCUCCAGUUAAAAGAAUCUCCUCUCCAUGGACAGCAAAUCCAUGGCUUUGCUAUCAGGUCUUCUUGCGUUGGUGAUAUUGUGGUCGGCACAGGCCUUGUGGAAAUGUACCUGAAGUAUGGCUGUUUCGACGAAGCCUACCGCCUGUUCGAUGAAAUUCCCGAAAGGGAUGUGAUUUCUUUUAGCACGAUGAUUUGUGGGUUCUCGCAGAAUGGACGCGCUGCUGAAGCACUGCAUUUCUUUUCUAGGAUGUUGGAAGAGGGAAUUGAACCAAAUAGGAUAACUAUAGCUAGUUUGCUCUCUUCAUGUGCACAUUUGAAGGAGGUCAAGUCAGGAAGAAUGCUCCAUGGGUAUUGCUUUAGGAGUGGUCUUCUUGACACUGCUGAUGUGGUUUUGCAGACUGCAUUGGUGGAUAUGUAUUCAAAAUGCCGAAAGAUGGCUUGUGCAAAGAGUGUGUUUGACAGAAUGACCGAGAGAAAUUUGGUCUCGUGGAAUUCGAUCAUCAAUGGCUGCUUUUUCGAUGGGUCAUUUGAGGUUGCACUGGGACUAUUCAAGGAUAUGGUUUCGCACAAUUUGUAUCAGUUGAGAUUGUCCAUACUUGCGACGGUGCUUAAUAUAUGUGGUUUGACGACUGAUCUUCGUCAAGGUAAAGAAAUGCAUGGGUAUAUACUUAAACAUGUCUAUGAUAACAAUAAUCUGGACUUCUUGGUUGUGUACAAUUCUAUUCUUAACAUGUACGUGAAGUCAGGGAGCAUCGAAUAUGCAACUUCUCUGUUUGGUAAAAUGCCCAGAAAGAAUGUGGUUACUUGGACUAUAUGGAUUGCAUGUUACGGCCAAUAUGGAAUGAGCACGAAAGCUUUGCAGUUGCUGGAUGAGAUGAAAAGAUUAGGAGUCAGGCCUGAUGGUGUCACUUUUGUUUCUGUUUUGUCAGCCUGUAGCCAUGGCGGGCUAGUCAAUGAAGGUCGAGAGAUAUACAAUUCUAUGGAAAGAGACUACUGCAUUGUACCAGAGAUGAUGCACUUUGUAUGCAUGGUGGACCUGUAUGGUCGUUCAGGGCUUCUUGAGGAAGCACACGAGUUUAUAAACAUGAUGCCUGUCGAACCUGACAAAGCUAUAUGGCUAACACUGCUUUCGUCGUGCAAGAAUCACAGAAACCUGGAACUGGGAGAGCAUGCGGCUAGGAAAGCCUUAGAGCUAGAUCAAUAUAACACAAAUGUUUACCUGCACUUAUCGCGUCUGUAUGCUGAUGCAGGAAGGUGGGAGAGUCUUGCUAAGACGAGAUACGUUAUGAAAGAGUUGGGACUUAAGCCGGAAACUGCUUGUAGCUGGGUGGAGGCUAAAGGCAUUGUGCACAGGUUCACUGUUGGUGAUUGUAGCCUAAAGGAUGUUUGUCCACAGAUUUAUGAUCUUUUAGAGUCAGUUAGAAAGGCCAUGAAAGUAUCAGGUUUUGUUUCUGACACUUCUUGUGUGAGCCAUAAGAUGAAGGAAGAUGACAAAGUGAUAGAUUUAUGUAGUCACACAGAAAAAUUGGCUCUUGCUUUUGCACUGAUGAAGGGUGGAAGCCUAAUUCGAAUAGGUAAAAACCUUAGGGUGUGUACAGAUUGCCAUAGAACUUUCAAAUUUGUAUCAGCUACCUACAACAAAGAGAUUAUCCUGAAGGAUCCAAAUCGAUAUCAUCGGUUUUCUCAAGGCUUCUGUUCUUGUUGCGACUUUUGGUAA